AGAGACAACACAUUCCAUAGACUGCAUUGGUUACGUAUUGCUCAAGGAAAAGUGAUUGUAAUCUAACAAUAAGCUGGAUAGACGCCUUCUUCAGAAAUGAAUCAUAAGGACUGAACUGGCUGCUUUCCCUCCCUUUGAUGUUGAGACAAGAGACAAGGUCGCCAUGGAAGUGAAAGAACGCAGACCUUACCGCUCCCUGACCUCCAGGCGAGACACUGAGCGUCGGUACACUAGCUCCUCUGCUGACAGUGAGGACAGCAAGCUGAACCCUAAAUCCUACAGCUCCAGCGAGACCCUCAAAGCUUUCGACCAAGACACCAGAUUGGCCUAUGUCAGCCGGGUCAAAGAUGUGGUGCACCAUGAAGCUGAUGUGUUCAGCAGGCAAGGGGCGGACUUCUCUCUCAGUGACAUGGCCUUUGGAGAUCCAGUGCCGUCCCAUAUGGCAGCAUAUAGGACAGAAAUGGGCCUGCCCCACCGCGACUACUCUGUUAGUGUUGGCUCGGAUGCUGACACAGAAAUGGACGGGAUCAUGUCCCCCGAGCACGCAGUCCGGCUCUGGGGCCGAAGCAAUAACAAAUCCGGGCGUAGUUCCUGCCUUUCUAGCCGAGCCAACUCCAACCUCACCCUAACUGACACAGAGCAUGAAAACACAGAAAACGACCAUGGCGGCACUUACCAGAACCAUUCCCGGUUGCGGACACCACCUUUGCCCCUUUUACACUCUCACUCGCCUAGUCAGCACCACGCCACCUCCAUCAGCUCCCUAAGCCGCAGCAACUACACCCAGCGCAGUAACCCGAGUCCGGCACCCACCGAUUGCUCAGCAACCAAUGAGGGUCCUAUCAGUGCCCAUGACUCAGGCAGCGCCCAGGACAACUGGCUUCUUAACAGCAACGUUCCUCUAGAGACCAGAAACAUAGCAAAGCAGACAUUCCUAGAGACUUUACAGGACAACUUUAUAGAGAUGGACAUACUGGCCACAGCUCGCCGUGAUGGGGCUUUCACUGAUGGACACUUUCUAUUCAAGCCUGGUGGGACUUCGCCCUUGUACUGCACGACGUCGCCUGGCUACCCCUUGACGUCCAGCACGGUAUAUUCGCCCCCGCCCCGACCCCUGCCACGGAACACCAUCUCACGGCCUGCUUUCAGCCUGAAGAAGCCCUAUAAGCACUGCAACUGGAAAUGUGCCGCACUCAGCGCCAUCCUCAUCUCCAUCACCCUGGUGGUCCUGUUGGCCUACUUUAUUGCCAUGCACCUCUUUGGACUGAACUGGCAUUUACAGCCAAUGCAGAGGCAGAUAUAUCAGUUGACGGAAGACAACACAAGUGGCCUCCAUCUGCCCAAAGAUCUGGGCUUGCCGCCUUUGGGCAACACAGGUCUAGAGUUCCCAGACCGAGACAGCAAAGAUGAUGGUAAACUAGAUGGCUUUUUCCCGGAGGACAGCUUUAUAGACAUGGGCGAGAUAGACGUGGGCCGCAAAGUCGCCCAGCUGAUCCCGCCCGGAAUCUUUUGGCGGUCGCAGGUUUUUAUCGACCACCCCAUGUACCUCAAAUUCAACAUUUCUCUUAGUAAAGAUGCCUUGGUGGGGAUCUACGGGAGAAGAGGCUUGUCUCCGUCACACACACAGUUUGACUUUGUGGAGCUGUUGGAUGGCCGUCGGCUCCUGUCUCAGGGGAUGCCAGGCCUCGAGGGACCACCUUUUCCAGCCCAGCAGCGGAGCCUGGUGCCCCUCACCAGUCAUGAUACAGGUUUCAUACAGUACAUGGACUCGGGCAUCUGGCACCUGGCUGUGUACAACGAUGGAAAGGAGACGGAGCAGGUGUCCUUUCUAACCACCGCAAUCAACUCGAUUGAUGAUUGCCCGAGCAACUGUUAUGGAAAUGGCGACUGUGUGGUGGGAAACUGUCACUGUUUUCCCGGCUUCAGAGGACCCGACUGCAGCAGAGCAUCUUGUCCUGUACUGUGCAGUGGGAAUGGUCAGUACCUCAAAGGUCGCUGUAUGUGUCACAGUGGCUGGAAAGGGUCUGAAUGUGAUGUUCCCACCAACCAGUGCAUCGAUAUCACCUGUAGUGGACAUGGAACAUGCAUUGUGGGAACUUGCAUCUGUAAUCCUGGUUACAAAGGCGAGAACUGUGAAGAAGUGGACUGCCUGGAUCCCACUUGCUCAGGAAGAGGUGUUUGUGUACGAGGAGAGUGUCACUGUUUUGUCGGCUGGGGUGGUCCUGGAUGCGAGAGUCCACGUGCCUCCUGUAUGGAACAGUGCUCUGGACAUGGGACCUUCUUGGCUGAUACGAGCACUUGUAACUGUGACCCCAACUGGACAGGUCAUGACUGCUCCACAGAGCUUUGCGCAGCCGACUGUGGUGGACACGGCGUCUGCGUGGCAGGCAGUUGCCGCUGCGAUGAGGGCUGGAUGGGCACCGGGUGUGAGCAACGGGCUUGUCACCCACGCUGCAGCGAUCACGGAACUUGCAAGGACGGGAAGUGUGAAUGCAGCCCAGGCUGGAAUGGAGAGCACUGCACAAUCGCUCACUAUCUGGAUAAGGUAGUGAAAGAGGGCUGUCCUGGUCUGUGUAAUGGCAACGGCAGAUGCACGCUGGGUAAUAAUGGCUGGUACUGUGUUUGUCAGCUGGGCUGGCGGGGAGCAGGCUGUGACACAUCAAUGGAGACGGCCUGCAGUGAUGGCAAGGACAAUGAUGGAGAUGGGUUGGUAGACUGCAUGGACCCAGAUUGCUGCCUGCAAGCUUCAUGUCACACCACAUCUCUAUGUGUGGGUUCCCCUGAUCCGCUGGACAUCAUACAGGAAACCCAGAUCUCCUCCAGUCAGAGCACCUUGCAGUCCUUCUACCAGCGUGUCCGGUUCCUGGUGGGCAGGGACAGUACCCAUGUCAUCCCUGGGGCCAACCCUGUCGACGACAUUCAUGCUUGUGUUAUCCGGGGACAAGUGGUGACCUCAGAUGGGACUCCACUGGUCGGUGUGAAUAUCAGCUUCAUCAACAAACCAGCCUAUGGAUAUACCAUCACCAGACAGGAUGGCAGCUUCGACCUGGUGAGUAAUGGGGGCAUGGCAAUAGCCCUGAGGUUUGAGCGCUCUCCGUUUAUCACUCAAGAGCACACCUUGUGGUUGCCGUGGGGGCGCUUCUUUGUCAUGGACACUAUUGUGAUGCGACAUGAGGUGAAUGAUAUCCCUAGCUGCGACCUGAGCAGCUUCACUCGACCAAUGCCAAUUGUUCUGCCUGCCCCGCUGACGGCGUUUGCCAGAACCUGCAACGAGCGGGGUACCGUAGUGCCAGAGAUUCAGACACUACAGGAGGAAGUUCGAAUACCUGGUACUGAGGUGCUUCUGGGCUACCUUAGCAGCAGGACGGCAGGGUAUAAGUCCCUCCUGCGUAUCACCCUGACCCACCCCACCAUCCCUUUCAGCCUGAUGAAGGUGCACCUUAUGGUGGCCGUGGAAGGCAGGCUUUUCAGGAAGUGGUUCUCUGCAGCCCCGAACCUUUCCUAUGACUUUGUCUGGGACAAGACCGACAUCUACAGCCAGAAAGUCUAUGGCCUCUCUGAAGCUUUUGUAUCUGUUGGUUUUGAGUAUGAGUCCUGCCCGGAUCUCAUCCUCUGGGAGAAGCGUACGGCCGUCCUGCAGGGAUACGAGACCACGGCGUCCCACCUGGGUGGCUGGAGCCUGGACAAACAUCAUGCACUGAACAUCCAAAGUGGUAUCCUGCACAAGGGCAAUGGUGAGAACAUAUUCAUCUCGCAGCAGCCCCCGGUCAUCGGAAGCAUCAUGGGUAAUGGGCGGAGGCGCAGUAUCUCCUGUCCGAGCUGUAAUGGACUAGCUGACGGAAAUAAGCUGCUGGCACCAGUAGCUUUAGCCUGCGGCUCUGAUGGCAGUCUGUAUGUGGGUGAUUUCAACUACGUCCGUCGGAUCUUUACCACAGGAAAUGUCACAAGUGUCUUAGAGCUCAGAAAUAAAGAUUUCAGGCAUAGCAAUAGUCCUGCACACAAAUAUUACCUGGCUACCAGUCCUGUUUCAGGGGUGCUGUACCUCUCGGACACCAGCAGCAGGAAGGUGUUUAAGGUGAAGUCUCUGAACACAGUGAAGGAUGUGGCGAAGAACCUGGAGCUGGUGGCGGGCACAGGCGAUCAAUGUUUGCCCUAUGAUGAGACACGCUGCGGAGAUGGAGGAAAAGCUGUGGAGGCCACACUUACCAACCCUAGAGGCAUUACUGUGGACAAGUAUGAUGUGAUCUUCUUCGUAGAUGGCACCAUGAUCCGUCGUAUCGAUCAGAACGGUAUCAUAUCCACCCUGCUGGGCUUCAAUGACUUGACCUCGGCACGACCCCUGAGCUGUGACUCCGUGAUGGACAUCUCCCAGGUGCGUCUGGAAUGGCCUACUGACCUGGCCAUCAGCCCAAUGGACAAUUCCCUUUAUGUGCUGGACAACAACGUGGUUCUGCAGAUCUCAGAAAACCAUCAAGUAAGAAUUGUGGCUGGGAGGCCAAUGCACUGCCAGGUUCCUGGGCUGGAUCACUUCCUCGUUAGUAAAGUCGCCAUCCACGCCACUUUGGAAUCCGCCAAUGCUCUGGCCGUCUCCCACAACGGUAUGCUUUACAUCGCAGAAUCUGAUGAGAAGAAGAUCAACCGUGUACGACAGGUCUCAACCAAUGGGGAGAUCUCACUGGUCGCUGGCGCCCCUAGUGGCUGCGAUUGCAAGAAUGACGCGAACUGCGACUGCUACUCUGGCGAUGAUGGCUAUGCCAAAGAUGCCAAACUAAACGCGCCCUCCUCAUUGGCGGUCUCACCUGAUGGAGAGCUCUUCAUUGCUGACCUGGGUAACAUACGAAUCCGGUAUGUUAGGAGGAACAAACCGUUCCUAAACCCACUAAACAUGUAUGAGCUUUCCUCACCGAUUGACGAUGAACUCUACUUGUUUGACAUAAACGGCAGUCAUAUAUACACUCAAAGCCUAACCACUGGAGACUACCUGUACAACUUGACCUACUCUGGAGAAGGUGACCUUAGUAGUAUCACAGACAAGAAUAAGAACAAAGUGACCAUCCGCAGAGACACGACAGGACUGCCGCUUUGGAUAAUGGGCCCUGAUGGCCAAACCUUCUGGUUCACUAUUGGAACUAAUAAUGCAUUGAAGAGCAUUGCCGCCCAGGGUCAAGAGAUAGCCAUGAUGACUUACCAUGGAAGCUCAGAACUGCUGGCCACUAAGAGCAAUCAAGAUGGGUGGACGAUCUUUUAUGAGUACGACAACUACGGCCGGCUGACAAACGUGACCUACCCCACAGGCAGGGUGAGCAGCUACCGCACUGAUUCCGACAGCACUGUACGAGUGCAAACGGAGGGCUCUAACAAAGAGGACAUCAUGGUUACCACCAACCUCUCAGCCUCUGGAACAUUCUACACGCUCAUGCAAGAUCAAGUCAAAAACAGUUACUACAUCGGUCUGGAUGGCUCCUUGCGGCUGGUGUUGGCCAAUGGCAUGGAAGUGUCUCUUCAGACAGAGCCUCAUUUGCUGUCAGGAACAGUCAACCCGACCAUAAGCAAGAGGAACGUCACUUUACCCAUCGACAACGGACUUAAUCUGGUGGAGUGGAGACAACGCAAAGAACAGGGUCGAGGGCAGGUCACAGUGUAUGGACGCAGACUCAGGGUUCAUAAUAGGAACUUGUUAUCCAUGGAUUUUGAUCGUAUAACCAGAACAGAGAAAGUCUAUGAUGACCACAGAAAGUUCACCUUGAGGAUCCACUAUGACCAUGCUGGAAGACCUACACUGUGGGCUCCAAGCAGUCGACUGAAUGGUGUCAAUGUCACUUAUUCACCGGGCGGCCACAUUGCUGGUAUUCAGAGGGGCACCAUGUCGGUCCGAAUGGAAUAUGACCUAAAAGGCAGAAUCACAUCAAAGAUAUUUGCAGAUGGAAAGUCAUGGAGCUAUACCUACCUUGAAAAGUCUAUGGUACUACUUCUGUACAGCCAGCGACAAUACAUCUUUGAUUUUGACAAGAACGACCACCUCUCUUCAGUAACCAUGCCCAAUAUGGCCAGGCAGACUCUGGAGACCACCCGUUCUAUUGGCUAUUACAGAAACAUAUACAGGCCACCUGAGGGCAACGCCACAGUUUUGCAAGAUUACAGUGAAGAUGGACUGCUUCUGCAGACCAUCCACCAGGGAACAGGGCGAAGAGUCAUCUAUAAGUACGGGAAGCUCUCCCGUCUUCUAGAAAUUCUUUAUGAUACUACACGAAUAGCCUUUUCUUAUGAUGAAUCUGCUGGCAUGCUGAAAACCGUGGGCCUCCAAACCGAAGGCUUUGCAUGCACCAUCCGCUACAGGCAGAUUGGACCUCUUAUCGACAGGCAAAUCUUUCGAUUCAGUGAGGAGGGCAUGGUAAAUGCCCGGUUUGACUACAACUACGACAACAGUUUUCGGGUCACCAGCAUGCAAGCGGUCAUCAAUGAAACACCAUUGCCCAUUGACCUCUAUCGCUAUGAUGACGUCUCGGGCAAGACGGAGCAGUUUGGCAAGUUUGGAGUCAUCUAUUAUGACAUUAACCAGAUCAUUACCACAGCUGUCAUGACCCACACCAAACACUUUGAUGCUUAUGGACGAGUUAAAGAGGUGCAGUAUGAGAUUUUCCGUUCGCUAAUGUACUGGAUGAUGGUGCAAUAUGAUAACAUGGGGCGAGUGGUGGCCAAGGAGCUAAAGGUAGGGCCCUAUGCAAAUACCACUCGUUAUGCCUACGAGUAUGAUGCUGAUGGCCAACUUCAAGUUGUAUCCAUCAAUGAUAAGCCUCUCUGGCGCUACAGUUAUGACCUGAAUGGAAAUUUGCACCUUCUUAGCCCCGGUAAUAGUGCCAGACUUACGCCACUACGCUAUGACAUACAGGAUCGCAUUACACGAUUAGGUGACAUGCAGUACCGCUUGGACGAGGAUGGAUUCCUCAGACAAAGAGGCAACGAUUUCUUUGAAUAUAACUCAGCUGGGUUGCUGGUUAAAACCUACAACAAAGUUAGUGGAUGGACCAUUAAGUACCGCUAUGAUGGUUUGGGACGAAGAGUGUCCAGUAGAAGUAGCCAAGGCCACCACCUUCAAUACUUCUAUGCCGACUUGUCCAGUCCCACCAGAGUCACCCACUUGUACAAUCACUCAAGCUCAGAGAUUACGUCACUCUACUAUGAUCUUCAAGGACACCUCUUUGCAAUGGAGUUGAGCAGCGGGGAUGAGUUUUACGUCGCCUGUGACAACAUUGGCACGCCGUUGGCUGUUUUCAGUGGUGCAGGUCUCAUGAUCAAGCAGAUCAUUCAUACAGCUUUUGGAGAGGUGUAUUUGGACUCCAACCCCAGUUUCCAGCUAGUCAUAGGUUACCAAGGUGGCCUUUAUGAGCCCCUUACAAGGCUUGUGCACAUGGGCCGCAGAGAUUAUGAUGUUCUUGCAGGCCGCUGGACCACUCCUGAUCAUGAUAUCUGGAAGAGGCUUAACAGCAACAACAUUGUGCCCUUCAACCUCUACAUGUUCAAGAACAACAACCCCCUGGGCAACAGCCAAGAAACCAAGUGCUACAUGACAGAUGUCAACAGCUGGUUGGUGACAUUUGGUUUCCAGCUGUACAACGUCAUCCCUGGCUAUCACAAACCUGCCACGGAUGCCAUGGAGCCUUCUUACGAGCUCAUUUACACUCAGAUAAAGAGUCAGGAGUGGGAUAGCACCAAGUCUGUGCUAGGGGUACAGUGUGAGGUCCAGAGGCAGCUGAAGUCUUUUGUCCGGUUGGAGCGAUUUGGCCAGAUCUACACAGCGAGUGAUUCCGGGUGCCCUCAGACCCCUCUCCAUACACUCUUCGCCACAGGGGGCUCGCUCUUCGGCAAGGGCGUGAAAGUAGCAAUUCGGGAGGGCCAUGUGACUGCUGACAUCAUCAGUGUGGCCAGUGAGGAUGGGCGGCGAAUAGCAGCAGUGCUCGACAAGGCCGUGUAUUUGCAGGAACUACACUUCACCAUUUUAGGCUUGGACACACACUACUUUGUCAAAUCGGGACCAGUAGAAGGCGACCUAGCUCUGCUAGGCAUGACAGUGGGCCAGCGCACACUGGAGACGGGUGUGAACGUUACAGUCAUGCAAGUCAACACAGUGAUUGGUGGCCGUAUGCGACGCAUCACCGAUAUCCAAAUGCAGUAUGGUACAUUGAGUCUCAAUGUUCGCUAUGGUAGCAGUCUAGAUGAAGAAAAGGUCCGUGUGUUGGAGCUUGCACGCCAGCGGGCCAUUUUGACAGCCUGGGCUCGUGAACGUCACAGAUUAAGGCAAGGCGAAGAGGGAUCUCGAGCUUGGAUGGACGGGGAGAGGCAGCAGCUUCUGAACUCUGGAUUUGUGCAAGGCUAUGAGGGCUUCUACAUAGUGUCGGUCGAUCAGUUCCCUGAAUUAGCCGACAAUGUAAACAACAUCCACUUCCUGCGACAAACUGAGAUGGGCCGCAGGUGACAUGAAGGCGAAUAACUGCACUCAGACUUAUUGUCCAGAACUUCUUGCCAAAGACAAGUUGCUUUUGUGACCAUAUUGUUUUACUUUAUUUUUACAUUUGUUGACUGUGCCAGACUUAUUUUUUUAAUACAUGAAGUAAUGGUUGCAAUUAGUUGAACUGUUUCGACAGUAGAGUGCCCUUCUCCUUUUUUUCGUAAUUCUUAAACCCUCUUUGCCCUUCAAGUGUGGCUGCUAAAGGAUGGCAUAUGGCAGUGUUGGUGGUUUAUACAGCUCUGCCUGUCUGUUUGUGGGUUUUGCUCAAAGGAAUAUAGGAAGAAGCCUGAUAACGCAUUAUGCUCACUGGCUCAGCCUGCCGCCAGAUGAGCAGAUUGUUAUUCACAAGCUUCACUCCACUCUGCCUUUUCCCAUGCCUCAGCCAAGAAGAGAACUCUUUUAAUCGCUUCUUUUUUAUAUUUGAAAGUCCACCGGCUGUGUCAUACUUAAACAUGGGCAUUGGUGUUUGCCAUCCAUUGCUACCAGUUCAGGCUCUUAUCCGAACCCAUCUCAUGUUCAAAACUUGUUGUGGUGUCUUGUAAUAUUUUGGGACUGAUUGGCUUGCUAGUCACAUCCAUUAUUUUUUAUUUCUAUUUUUGACCAAAUGGCUUAAAAACAUAUAGAAAGAGAAAGAAUAGGAUGUAUGAAGUAUGCAUACAUUUAAAAAAAAUAAUUGGCAGAAUUUGUUUUUGCAUAUGAAAUACGUAGCUAGUUGUAAAAAAAAAAAAAAAAAAAAAAAAAAUUGCACUGAAAGAAAUUACGGGAGCUUUUUUCCAAAACCUAGUGAGCUGCCAACCUAGAUAGCAUUUUAAGGUAUCAAUGGCAUGCACUGAUCUGGGGAUUCCAACUGUUCCACAUUAGCCGGGACGUCCCGUAUUUUGGCUAAAAUGAAGACAUAUUGUCCCGUGUUUUAGUGGCAAAUCGCUCUUGGUCGGAUGGUGAAAUUACUGACCCACGUCCCAUUUUAAAGCACUCAAAAUGCUCAAGGGUCCCGUAUUCACGUGUCGAAAAGUUGGCAACCCUGCUCUGAUGGGAAGACUGUUCCAAAAGGUAGGUAACAAAAUGAUGCUGCCUUUUAAUAUAACUUAUUUUUGCCAACUUUUAGGGCAGCAUCCCAUACAUCAUACAGAGAAAGCAAUGCCAUAAUGCAUUAUGUCAAGCUCAGUGAAAAACAUCUUGAAAAAUUCAAGAUGGCGAGAGACAUUAGUUAAUAAUAUUUCAUUCAGUACUGAAAAGUAUCUUUACAAAUAGUUCAGUCUAGUUAAAAAUUGAAUAUUUUACCCAAUAUUUGUGAGUGCUAUGCAUUUUCUUUUAAUUAUUAUUAUUAUUAUACAUUUUUAUUAUUAUUAUUAUUAUUUUUUUAAGACAUUAGUUUAGCAACAUGCUAACAUCAAACUCUAUGAUGCCUAUGAUGGCAGUAGACAGCAAGGAAGCUCACUAGGUUUUGGAACAGACCUAUUGAGUCUGGAUUUCAGAGGUUUUUAAAUCAAAUAGUUUGAGAUCAACGUUACUUUUAUGUUAUAGUAACAUUCACAAAAAAAAAAAACAGUAUAACAACUGUGAAUGAUUUUCCCUUUUAAUGCUGAUUGUUGUACUUAAAAAAUACCUAUGGAAUAAAGGUCAGUCAAUUAAAUUAAUUUGUUUGUAUGGUUACAACAAAGUUGCAUAUAGACCAUUCCUAAGAAUGACAGUAUUUAUUUUAGUGCUGUGUUUUUAAGAGGAGCAUACAUCCUCCUGUUUUGUCAGUGAAAUAAACACUUCAAGCGUAAAACGGCAUGAAUGCUUAAAAAAAAGAGAAGCACAUUACUAAAACAUGCACUCAGACUGCAGUUUUUUUAGGAAAUAUACUGAGUGCUGUAAACACUGCACAUUGUGGUAAGGACAGUUGACAGCCUAAGUGAAUAGCCUUUGCUCUGAGGGCUGCCCGUGGGUCAGCAUCGUAAGUGCUCUGAAUGUGAGAAACAAGACUCUUCAAAGUCUGCAAUCCGCCUGAGAUACAGUAUAUUAUGGCCUGGAGGUGCGCUGGUUAGAUGUUGAUAUGAAUGUCAUCCCACCUGGUAACCUACCGUCUGGAUAUGUCUGGAUAUGAGCUUCAAGAGCAUUCUGCGAAAUCUAUUUCUGGUUGGAUGGUGUUAAUAUGAUGGAAAUUAUGUUACAUUGGGGCUCCAUGUUAAGUAUUUGGUAUAUGAAUCUAUACCUGCUGCCACUCUUGGGGAAAUCACUUAGGAAUGGUCACCAUGAUGAAUUGAUCAAGUGUUUUAAGCUGUAUAAUAUUGUCAAGGAAUUUUUUAUUUAUUUUUACUGUCAUUGAACGCAGUGACAUUAUGAGUUUGACAGUAAUGCUGUAUGUUGAAUGAAGGAAAAAAUGCAAUGUGGUAAAUUGCACUGGAACUGCAUUAUGAGGCUUUUAUGUUUUCUUAUGUUUUAGAUUCAUUUAAAAAUUUUCGUUUGUUCUCAACACUGUGUUUCUGAACGCUUCUCUUGGAAAAUGUAAAUAAGAUGAGAGGAAAUGGGCUGUAAAUAAAAUGCAAAUGUAGAUACCUUUUAGAGCUACAGCAGUGAAUCUGUGUAGUCUUUAGUUAAAGACGAAAAAUAAAGAAUAUUUUGUGUUUUCA